UAUUAUUAUAAUAACAAGAUAAAAAUAAAAGGUCAUAUAUAAAUUAAAUUUUACGACCUUGUUUAUGAGCGUUUUCGAUGAUUAUAGCAACAUUACUCGUAUAUCAAAUUUUAUACUUCUUUUAAUGAGUCCUCAUACAACCGUAUAUAUGUGUAUCUUAUGCCCCAUUAAGCUUAGGUUUUAUUACCUACUCGUAAAGCAUCAUAACAUUCAUAACGUAGCUGAAAGCUUAGACCGUCAUACGUGCUCGCUGCGGCCUCUCGUGAGGCCCACUAGCGAGCGAAGUGGGUGCGAAAACACAUUCAGUAGCUAUGGUAACGGCAGCUCAGGCGUCAAUACCGUCGCCUCUUCACACACUCCGCGUUACGUAAACAAAAUGGACAGUGACGAUAACGCAAAGGCCCUAGCCAGGUCCAUCCUCGGACCAGCCAAAGACGCUGACUUCCUUGCGAGCUUUGUCCGGGUAGGCAUAGCAGAUGAGGAAGAAGAAGACACCACCCCAAAAGCAUCUAUCAGCAAGAGAGCUCCGCAAUCCGCUGACAAGAGCAAUGAAGUCGUCGAAGAAGAAAAGCAUUCGGCGAAGGAAAGGAAAGUUUCCCCUAAACCCAGGAAAAAGAGCGCUAAACGCAAACAGAAGCGUGAGAGACGACGGCGAGAAGAAGAAGUGUAUACUGACAAAGACCGAGCUGCUGCUGUAGUGAUGGGCUCUAGGGAUAUCAAGCAGUCGCUGAGCAUGAAAGACAAGGCGGAGAGAAGCAGUGCAUUACAAUUGCCGGAGGAGGCUGAUGCUGGGACUUUGCUGGCCCUGGCCAGAGCGGAAAUGACUAGGGAAAGAUAUAAGACCGCUUUUAAUUUUGUUAACAAGGCAAUAGAACUAGCUCCAGAAGAGAAGGCAGCCUAUGUCGCGCGCAGCAAAUGCCACCUGCUUCUCGGCGAGCCACGGGCUGCACUAGCGGACGCCGAAAGAGCACUAGCUUUAGACCCUAAGCACGGGAAGGCGCUUCUUCACAAGGCUGAGGCGCUGUACUAUUGCGGGGAGUUUGAGAUGAGCCUGGUCCAUUACCACAGGGGCUUACGCGCGAGACCUGACUUGAACGAGUUUAGACUGGGAGUGCAGAAGGCGCAGGUAAGUCCUUAUUCCUACAGACGAGCGUAUUUAGUAAAAUGCUUCCUUUUUCAUUCAAGAUUACGACGUAACUAUUAGUAUUUAUUCAAAAACUGGUAAUGUACUUAAAGAAUCAUUUCCUGAACUAGGGGCUGGAACAGUUAAAAUUUUCAUUUUCUCUUUUAAACCUCUUUUUAAUGAGUUUUCUUGGGAGUCGUUUCCAAAUUUUGCAGUGAGAAGUGUCGUUUCGGUUCUCAAUUCUGCAGUAACCAAGAAUCAUUUGGUACAGUCAGCAUCAAAAGUGGCGGAUGAAACAACGCGCCAAAAGUAUCUGAUAUUCCGGAUAACUUUUCCAAAUAUAUAGAUAAAUAUCUAAAAUUCGCGCUCAAAAGUAUAUCUCUUACAGUCUUAGUUGUAUGAAUGUCUGUACAUGAAUGAUUACAAUUUGAUUCAACAUAUCUCGUAGGAGGGGCUGGAAUGAUUAACAAUCGAAGAUUCAUUUGAAAAAAUUGAUAAAAUACCUUCCGAGUUUUCUUCACUUUUUUGGCGAAAACAGGGUUACAUUUUUUUUCCGCAAAUUGUACGCAUAUUUUGCUUUAAAAAUAAUAUUAUAGUAAACUGUAACUUUAUGUUAACCUAUUAAAAAAAAUCAUAACUA